AGCUGCUGUGCACUCGGACCUUUCCGGACGCCGAGAGCUUGGAGCGGCUGCCGCUGCUGGAGGUGGGACGCGGCAGCGUUUCCCUGCGCUUUCAGGUGUUGCAGCCCGCACCCUCGGAGGAGGACAGCGACAGCGACUUGGACCUGGAGCCGUCCACAUCGGCGCAGGCAAGAGUGCGUCUCGAGGAGCGGAAGAAACGCCACGAGGCGGCACGUAAUCGCAAGAAAAUCUUCGUAGUCGAAAAGGAGGUGAUGGUCGAGCGGCGAUUCGACGAUCCCCAGAGUCUGGACUGGGUCACCUUUACGGUGAACGGUGGCGAGAUCCUCAAAUGGCAGCUGGACGAGUUCCACGCUCAGUUCUUCGAGGAUCCCCAGUACUCGUCCAUCCAUCUGUGGGAUCUGCAGCACAAGUGCGCCGGCAAUUGGCUGCAGAUCAUCCGGGCGGACGGCAAUGGCUACAAAAACUUUCAGACCCCGGGCAAUCCUUUUGAGAUCUUUGCCAAGCUCUUCGUUCGCAAGGAGCUGGAUGAGGAGGAUUUGGUGUGCAAAUUGGCCGAAUCCUGUAUUACCGUCAACGAGGCCGUACUCCGCUCGGAGCGUCAGUUCGUGAUGCAGGUGUUCAACCAUGUGCGCGGCAUAUUCGAGUACAUCACCAUGAAGCAGUAUACGGUGUGGUUCCUGGUGCCCGGCGCCCAGGGCCCUCAAAGUCUGACCGAAGAGGAUCUCGACUUCGAUUUGCGUACUGUGCGCACUUCCAUCCGUAUUGCUGGCGACAACAGGAACAUCUUCUGGAGCCAGUCCGAUCACAAUGUCCAGAACUUGCUGAUGGUCUCCUUCCAGUUGGCCCUGAGCAGCAUUGGCAAGCAAUCGGUGCUGAUUAUCAGCCAUUUGGAUAAGGUUUGCACUGUGUGCCUUUGAGUCUACGUUUCUCUU